AUGCCGUUGAACCGGAACCCGAACUUGUUCGCCACCCAAGAGUGGGAACGACUCCGCAAUCAAGGCGGUUGGCGACAGGCAGUAGCGAACGGCUACGACCUGGUUGCAGCUUGGCGCCAGUUCAAGCAGCAGAACGGCGGUAACCAAGGAGGUGGCCAGGGUGGCGGAUAUAACGGCGGCGGCAGAGGAGGCUUCCGCGGGCGAGGUCGCGGCAACGGACGCGGCAACUACGCCAACCGGAACUGGCGCGCCAACAAUAACGGGGGUGGCGGCGACCAGAAUAAUGGCAUCGGCGGCGCGAACGGCGCUGGCCAGGGGCAGCAAAACGAGCAAGCCCCGCAGCAGAAUAUGGAUCAGGGAAACGGUCAAGAUCAGUAG